UAGUCUGCCAAAGAAGAAGAAAAACCAGAGCUUGAGUAUGGAGGUGAAAUCGAAGCAGCAGUGGUCCCUGGAUGAGACAAACUGUCUCCUUGCAUUGUGGUCCUCGACAGAAGUUCAGAUUAAACUGGGAGCUUCAAGAACGAAACCGGUGUUUGAAGAACUGCAACGCGAGCUGGCUGCAGCGGGGUACGACAGGAGCGUCGAACAGAUCAACAACAAGCUCAAGAAACUGAGAAAGGAGUACAGGGACCAAAAGAAGAACCCCGGGCAAAGCGGCAGCGGCCGGACACGGAUAAAUCCCCAUUUCGACCUUCUCGACUCGGUCCUCGGCGACGGACCGGCAUGCCAACAGCCCGGGGCCUUCAGCUCGGUCACAGCAAAGCUUGAGGCAAUGGUGGAUGGUACGCCGCAAAGUUCCGCUCAUCCUGAGUUGUCCGCCAUCGAUGACGUCAGUGCCGACGCGGAGCCACCGCCACCGCUGGCCUGCAGCUCGCCCACACCGUCUUGCAGCUCUGGAGCUCUAAGCUCCGCGUCCUCAUCACAGCAGGCCGGACGGGGAAAGAGGAAACGAGACGACGAUGUGGAGCUGCUGCAGCAUGUGCUGCAAUACCUGGAGAGGGCGAACGAGAGGUUCCUGCAGCACAGCAAGGACACGAAUGCCGCCUUGCUGCAGAAAAUGGAAGCGGACACAAGUGCUCUGCUUGGGCUCAUGGGGCGUAUGGUGGGUGGUGGAGACCAUUAACAGGGAGAGAAGAGGCGGGAGAUGGAGUGCAGGAGGGAUGCUGUCAGCAACUGGUGCAGAAAGGAAGUGGUCAGUAUAAUUUUUAUAGAUGUGGAUGAGACCAGCUUGUGUAGGUUUGGUUAAUUGCACAGGGCUUGCCAAUAAA